AUGACAGCAGAAAGCAAUGAGCAUUUCGUACUAGUGCAUGGAGGCGGCCAUGGAGCUUGGAGUUGGUACAAACUCUCGACGUUGCUCACAUCAGCUGGUCACCAAGUCACAGCCAUUGAUCUUGCCGCUUGUGGGGUCCACCCGAAGCGAAUCAACGAGAUCGGCUCAUUCCAUGACUAUACUCGACAGUUGAUGGAUUUGAUGGCUUCUCUUCCACCCCACAAAAGGGUAAUCCUAGUGGGCUAUAGCUUCAAUGGUGUUGUCCUUUCUCUAGAUAUGGAGAGAUUUCUAGAAAAGAUCUCGGUGGCCGUUUUCGCCACCGCCAUGAUGCCGACUCUCGCAUUUCCACCUUCCAUUAUCGUGAAAGAGGAGAUCGAAGAUGACAAGGACGCCCUCUCGAGAGAUUGCCGGCCUAUGGUCGCAUCUCCAGAGGGAUCUUACACAGUGCUAGCGAAGAUUCCUCCGAAGUUGAUUUCGUCGACCACAAUCCUUACAAGCAGAAACACCUUCUCAAGUGUCUCCCCAACACGACCGACGGGGAUGAGGGCCGCCUUCUCAUCUUUUCCCUUUGCUCCUCAGUCAUCCGAUCAGAAUCCGACCCCUCAUCCAUCCGAUUGUCGUCCGAUGAUCCCAGUGCCCAAUCAGCAGCCCUUGCUUCCUGCCCUGUCAAGCAGUGGAAGUUGA